GCAUGUCGGCUUCCGUCCCCUAUACCUCGGUGCGGAAGUGUUUCCCCCGAGCUGCCACUGUUUGUGUCGUUGCUUCACUUGCACUUUUCUGCUGUUUAUGUAUAUCCUGCAGGGACUUGUCAACUCUCAAUAGGAUCGUGUAGAGCGGUUUUACACGCGUGAAUUAUGCGAGCGGCUUGAAAAGAGAACUGAGUCUCUUUGAGUCAUCUAUAUGGGCCAUCUUCUCUCUAAAAAUGGUUACCGCCUGAAGAAAAGAACCACCAAGCAACAUCACAGAAAGAAGAAGAAGAGGAAUUGCUUCCUGCAGGGACCCUGCAUGCUGUGCUUCAUCAUCCACGGCAACGGAAACAGCGUUGACGACGACAGCUACCACCUUGAUACCGCCAUCAACGGCAGCGGCGGACACUGUCUCGGCAACGGUGGUAUCAGCGUCCCGUACGUCGGGGGGGUUGACAUCAGCGCGGCUGCUGCCUCGAAGCUCGCUGGGCGCUACGCAGUACUAGCGUCCCCCGAGGACUGCGCCAAGUUCCUGUUGUCGCCCCGGGACCUGGCUAUCUGGGAAGGCCAGGGGAGGUCUCUGCUGUCGACGGUCCCCGCCAAGCUGAUCCCAGGGCCGGCCAUCUUCCGGUCUGCAGGGGUGUCUGUGGCCGUGCCAAUACCUACUGUUGGCAGCACCAGCCACUACACUGAGAUGGUGUGUAAGAGGAAGUGUUCAGAGGUGCAGAGGUGUUCCCCCUGUAAGCAGCCCCGCUGUGCCUUCCCCGGCCCAGACGGAGGGCUGGAGAACGGACUGGGAGUCUCGUCGGGGGGCGGGGAGGCCUCCUCGGACGCUGGAACGGGGCACUGCCACCUCCCCCACUGCCCACUCCCUUCCUCGCCCGCAUGCUCCUCCACCUCUCCCCCGUCCUCUUCCUCCUCCUCACCACCCGAUGGCUGCGUUGGGGUGGCACUCCAUGGCGAUUCAUCCCAGAGCUCCGACUCUGCCUGCUGCCAACACCCUCACGAGGACAGCCACGUCAAGGCGCCAGAUGCUGUGGAGGCGCUAAGGAUCAACCAUCUCCCCUCCUCCAUCCUGCUCAAGGUGCUUGCCCACCUGACGGUGAAGGAACGCUGUCUUUGUGCCUCUCUGGUGUGUAAGUACUGGAGGGACCUCUGCCUAGACUUCCAGUUCUGGAAGCAAAUUGACCUCAGUGGCCUGCAGCAGGUGAAUGACGACCUGCUAGUGAAGAUAGCCUCUCGGAGGCAGAACGUGACCGAGAUCAACAUCUCGGACUGUCGGGGCGUCCAGGACCACGGGGUGUGCUCACUGGCGUCCCACUGCCCCGGCCUCCAGAAGUACACCGCCUAUCGCUGCAAGCAGCUGGGAGACCUGUCCCUGUCCGCCCUGGCCUCACAUUGCCCCCUGCUGGUGAAGGUGCAUGUUGGCAACCAAGACAAACUUACCGACGACGCGCUGAAAAAGCUGGGGGAGCAUUGCAGUGAGCUGAAGGAUGUGCACUUGGGCCAGUGUUACAGCAUCACGGACGAGGGCGUGGUGGCUCUGGCCAUGGGUUGCCCCAAGCUGCAGAGAAUCUACAUGCAAGAGAACAAACUGGUGACCGACCGGUCUGUGCAGGCCGUGGCAGAGCACUGUCCGGAGCUGCAGUUUGUGGGCUUCAUGGGCUGCCCCGUGACGUCACAGGGGGUCAUCCACCUCACCGGGCUCCGCAGUCUGAGCAUCCUGGACCUGCGGCACAUCUCGGAGCUCAACAAUGAGACGGUGAUGGAGGUGGUGAGGAAGUGCCACAACCUCAGCUCACUCAACCUCUGCCUCAACUGGAGCAUCAAUGACAGGUGUGUGGAGAUCAUCGCCAAGGAGGGGAGGAGUCUCAAGGAGCUGUAUCUUGUCUCCUGUAAAAUCACAGACCACGCGCUGAUAGCGAUCGGCCAGUACAGCAGCACCAUCGAGACGGUGGACGCCGGCUGGUGCAAAGACAUAACGGACCAGGGCGCCACGCAGAUCGCCCAGAGCAGCAAGUCCCUUCGUUACCUGGGUCUCAUGAGAUGUGACAAGGUGAACGAGGAGACAGUGGAGAGGCUGGUUGUGCAGUACCCUCACAUCGUGUUCAGCACGGUGAUGCAGGACUGCAAGAGAACGCUUGAGAGAGCCUAUCAGAUGGGAUGGAGCCCCAACACAUCCAACGCGUUGUAGCUACUGGAAGAACUAAACACAAACACACCCACACACUCACAUAUAUAUACACACACACACAGUUGACAGACUCAUGUGCACAUAAAUAUGACGAUGAAAAUGGACCCAAACACACCCUCAUACAAAACAAUCUCUUCAUAAUGCAACCUAGAAACAUGUCAUGUAUGUUUGUUUUUCAUUGAGUGUUCAAACUUACACACACACACACACACACACACACACACACACACACACACACACACACACACACACACACACACACACACACACACACACACACACACAGUGGCGAUGGGUCAAUAGAGGGCUCUAGGGAGCCGCCCCUCCGUGAAAUAUUCACUUCAAUAUAUCUGCCAACUAUUAAUAAACUGUUAUCAAAAUCAACAAAAAUACAUAGCGUUUAUCCUCGUUUUAUUGUGUGAUAUACUUGUCACUGCCAGCAACCAUUUAAAUGCAUCUGAACGUCAAUGAUUUGGGCGAGGCUAGUUAUUGGUCAUUCCAAAUAAAGCCCUCCUCCUCUUUCAUUGGCGCAAGAAAAUUUGCCAUCGGGUCGCACCAGUUUGCGCCCCAGGCCAAUGGUAUCGCUUUUCUUUUUUGGUAUCACCGCAUGACUGGACAAUUCGGCGAAUCAACCAAAUAGGCUACCUCCCUCAGCAGCAUUCGCGCACCACAACCACAUGUAGAGAAGAGAGAUCGCAAACUAGCAGAGAGUUGUAAGCACUUUCCACCAUUUUCACUGGAGGAAUUGGACUCCCCCAGCAAUGUUAUACUUAAAAGGAGCAAGUAAGUUACAUAUUAAUUUAGUCUUUCGGCCUGUAGCAUAUAAACAAAAAAUGAAGCAACUGUCCCAUAUUUCUAACCGCAUUUGAAGUGGACAUUGAGACUCACAAAAAAUGGACGCUAUAGGACAGUGAUCAUGAUUUGUCUCACUAUCAGAAUAAUAACAAUCGGUAAAAUAGAAAUGGCUGGUGGAAUGGCCAUGAGGUAGGUCUGUAUAUGCAGUGUAAGCUUGUCCAGGCCCUGCAAGUCAGGAUGUAGGCUAUGAAUCUGAAUGAAUAGUAGGUAAAUAUGUAGUGGCCAUCCCCAAAAACCAGAAUACAGGAAAUCGAAUCUAUUCAAUUACAUUUU